AUGUCUGUUGAUUGGGAGGCCGUGAAGCGAAGCAUCAGUGAGGAAUGGGACAAGACGGUGUUGCCUGCUCUCUCCGCAUACAUUGCGGUUCCAAACCAGACGCCGCUCUUUGAUCCGGAAUGGGCCACCAACGGCCUCAUUAUGAAGGCCAUGAAUGUCAUGCUGGAGUGGGUGAAGGGCCAGGGUAUCAAGGGCCUAAAAUAUGAGGUUCUGGAAGAAGAAGGUCGGACACCGUUCCUCAUUUUGGAGGUUGACGGCACAAAGCCCACAGCGAAGACGGCGCUGCUCUAUGGUCAUAUGGACAAGCAGCCACCUCUUCUUCCAUGGAGUGAGGGCCUUCACCCCUACAAGCCCGUGUACCGCGAUGGGAAGUUGUAUGGCCGAGGCGCCGCAGAUGAUGGCUACGCUGUAUUCUCGGCGGUGAGCGCUUUGGCGGCCGUGCAAAAGCACGGUCUGCCCCAUGGACGCGUCGUCGUGAUCAUUGAGGCGGCUGAAGAGUCUGGGAGUCCCGACCUCCCCCAUUACAUGGGGCGGCUCAGCGACCGCAUCGGAGAUGUGGAUCUUAUUGUCUGCCUGGACAGCGGGGUUAUGACGUAUGACAAGGUGUGGCUAACCACUGCGCUGCGAGGCGUUAUUGAUGGCAACCUCACCGUUGAAACCCUGAGCGAAGGGAUGCACAGUGGUGUCUCUGGUGGUGUUGUUCCAGACACCUUCCGCAUUGCUCGCCAUUUGCUUGACCGCAUUGAGGACCCCACAACGGGCGAGAUAAAGCUUCCUGAGGCGCAUUGUGUUAUUCCGGAACCUGUCGUGAAGAGCGUGGAUGUCAUGAAGGAAGUCAAUUUCAAGGAACAAUUUGCGUUGCUGCCGGGUGUCUCUUCCGAACCCGGCGACAAUGCCGAGCUCGCUCUGCGCAAUUUUUGGAAACCCUGCCUCACCGUGACGGGGGCCAACCUUCCGGAACCCGCCGUCGCCGGCAAUGUGAUUCGCGCAAAAACAGUGCUGCGGCUUUCGGUUCGUGUCCCGCCAUUGGCGGACGCCGAGGCUGCCUGCAAUGCCCUGAAGAAAAUCCUUGAGGCGAACCCACCAUAUGGUGCCAAGGUUGUUUACGAAGCAGAGGAUGCGGGGCACGGAUGUGCAACCCCGGAGCUCAAGCCGUGGCUUGCCAAGUCCCUAACUGAAGGCAGCAUGAGCGCAUUCGGCAAAACAUUUGCGACGCAGGGCAUGGGUGGCUCCAUUCCGUUUAUUGCGGCGCUUAUCAAGCGAUACCCAGAGGCCCAGUUUGUGGUAACGGGUGUACUGGGGCCCAAAAGCAACGCACACGGACCAAACGAGUUUCUCCAUGUGCCCUACACGAAGGGUCUGACCUUUUGCGUCGCCCGCAUGUUGGCCGACCACUUCCAUGCCACACCGAAGCUGUAG